AUGGCAGCCGUUAAUGAUACAGUUGAUAUUGCUCAACAAACCGUUCACAAUAUCAACAUGUCCAACAUUACCAAACUCAACUCCACCAACUACUUGAUGUGGAGUCUCCAAGUCCAUGCUCUUCUCGAUGGCUAUGAUUUGGCCGGCUAUCUCGAUGGAUCCAAUGCUCCACCACCAGCGACACUCACUGCUAAUGAAGUCACCUCGGUCAAUCCUGCACACACCAAGCAGAAACUACCAAGAAUGGAGAUACGAAAUAUACAGUCAUUAAGAAGUUUCCUUCUUAUGCCGUUGUGCUCCGGCGUAUGUGGUGUCGAUGUGAGAUGGGAUAUGCCUGAUGCAGUCAACCGCACCUUCAGCCUGGUCCCACGACCACCAAACAAGAACGUAGUCGGCUGCAAAUGGUUGUACACCAACAAGUAUCUAUCAUCUGGCCUUCAUCAUCGCCACAAAGCUAGACUUGUUGCCAAAGGCUACAAUCAACAACUUGGUCGUGACUAUACUGACACCUUCAGUCCAGUGAUCAAGUCAACUACAAUUCGGGCAGUUUUAGAUGUUGCAGUCACAAAAUCUUGGCCUCUUCUUCAAUUGGAUGUCAAUAAUGCCUUUUUUACAGGGCACCUUGAAUGA